AUGGGAUUGGCUGGACCUAAAGUAAAGCAAAGACUAUCAGCUGAUCCAAGAAAUCUUUCUUGGAGUAAUGAUGAAACAAAAUUCGGAUACAAGAUGUUAUCAAAGAUGGGCUGGUCGCCUGGUAAAGGCUUAGGGGCAAAGGAAGAUGGUAAAAACGAACAUAUAAAACUUUCCAUUAAGCAAGAUAAUUUAGGUGUAGGAGCAACUAAAAAAACCAUGGAUAAUUGGUUGGAAAACACAAAUGCUUUUGACCAGUUGUUAAAAGGAUUGAAUCAACAAGUAGAAGAAAAUCUUGUAGUAAACUUGUUUAAGGGUGAAGAUGGAGAUAAUGUUAAUUUGGAUGAUAAAAAAAAUAGCAAACUGUUAAAAAUUGGUAAAAAAAAGAAAGUAAAAAGGAAUUGCAAUGUUCAUAAAUCUAUUGAUGAUUCAUCUAAUAAAAAUAUUUCUUUUGUACGUCUGGCACACCGAGCAAAAUUCCGUAAAAGUAAACAAGCACUUAAUCAAGAUGGGAAGAAAGAUUCAAAUCUUAUAGGAAUUCAAACAACAGUUAAUCAAAUGAACACUCAAGAAUACUUUGCAAAUAAAUUAAAAUUUAUGAACAUUUCAGGAAUUGCAAGCAAUGGUUCAGAAGCAAAUAAUCAUGAUUCUGAAAGACCAUCAAAAUCAUCUAUUGUCAUUAAUCACAGAAAAAGAAAAUCAAAAAAAGAAAAAAUCAUCAAACAAAAAGAAAUAAAAUAUCUUAGAAGUGAUCAAUAUUAUAAAAUAAACUACAAUUUAAAUCCCAUUUAUGACUUAUACUCCCCCAAAACACAAGAACUACGCGCCAAGGCCGAACAACUGUUAGACAACGCCUUUCCAACCUUUUCUGAAACCAUUUCGUCGCGCACCAAUGGGACUACUUCGAAUGUCAGUCCUUUGAAUGUCAGUCCCUUAGGUGUUAAAAUCCUAUCUCCUGUUGAUACUUCAAUGUGUUGUCGGUGGCUACUAGAAAAAUCAAAUUCACCUUAUGCCCUAAUGUUUGCUUCUGCGAGAUUAAAGAGUCUGGUCUUGGAUCAUUAUUCAAUGUUUACUGCGCAACAGAAAUUAGAAUUAAGAAAUUUCAUAUUGAAUUAUAUGUUUCAAAAACCAAAUCAACCUCCUUUCAUUUUAUCUUCACUUGCACAGCUUUUCGCAACAAUAUCAAAAGUCGGAUGGUUUGAUGGCGAUGAAUUUAAAAAUAUUAAGAGCGAUUUAACUAAUUUUAUUCAGGCUACAUAUGAACAUAGAAUUAUAGGUUUACAAAUUUUAGGUAUAGUGGUUGUUGAAUUUAAUCAACCUUCUUCAAGGAAUUUAGCAAGACAAAGAAAGACAGCCAUUGGAUUCAGAGAUGCGGAAUUAUUGGAUAUUUUUCGGUUAGGGUUGGAUGUUUUGCGACAAAUAUUAAGUGGAGAAAUGCAAUCUACAGAUGAAAACCAAGAAUGUAGAAUGAAAGAUUAUUGUUUGACAUUGCUUCGCAAUUGUUUGGCAUUUGAUUUUAUUGGUACAUCACCAGAUGAAUCUGGAGAAGACGUUGGAAGUAUUCAGGUUAUGGAAGUUCUAGUACAAAUAUCUUCAAUCCGUCGUUCACUUUUCAAUGAGGAAGAACGUUCUAAGUUUAUUACUGCUCUAAUGAAAGGGAUUAGAGAAAUACUAGUUUCAUCUAUAGGUUUAGAUGAUUUAAACAAUUACCAUGAAUUUUGUCGCCUUCUUUCUAGAUUUAGAUCUACUUACCAAUGGAGCGAAAUUGCUGAGAAAACUGAAUACAGUGAAUGGAUUGAUUUGGUAGCUAGAUUUUCUAUAAAGGGCUUUGAGAAUUGGCAGUUGGUUCCAAACAGCGUGCAGUAUUUACUUGCAUUUUGGUCGAAAAUGCUUUCAUCCAUGGGUAGUGCACGAAGUCUUUCUGUAAAUAGACUUGAGCUAAUUGCAUCUGAGUUAACUUAUGCAUACGUUACUUCAAAAAUUGAGUCGGUCGAAUCAGUGAUAGAGGGAGUAGUAGAUGACCCAUUAGAAAACGAAGAAGCAUUGAUGAAUGACUUAGAGAUGUUUGCUGUUAUUGCUAGGUGUAAAUACACUGAUUCAAAGACAGCCAUAACUAUUUCUGGAAUUUCUGCUAAUAACUUAAUGCAAGAAUUAGACGUUAUUGAAACAAAAUUUGCAUGGUUAGUGUAUAUGAUUGGUGGUUUGAUCGGUGGCAGACAAACAUAUAGCAGUACAGAAGAUCAAGAUAUCAUUGAUGGUGAAUUAACAUGUAAAGUUUUACAACUAAUGAGUGCUAAUCAAUCGUGGAAUGCGCCGCGAGGUAGUGGAAACGGAUGUGAAAAAUUAGAACUGUCUUUUGUAUAUUUUUUCCAACAAUUUCGAAAAAGUUAUAUUGGUGAAAGUUCUCAAAGAAUUUCUAAAGUUUAUAGUAAAUUAUCUGAGAAUCUUGGAAUAAAUGAUCAAAAUAUGCUUCUUGAGAUUAUUGUAAGGAAAAUAGCAACAAAUCUCCAAACGUGGGGUGAUAGUUCAAGUAUUGUUAAACAAAGUGUGACAUUGCUUAAUGAUUUGGCUGGAGGUUAUAGUUCAGUUAGGCUUUUACGCAAAAUUGAAACCACUCAAUUGAUUGUUAGAAAUCAUACAGCAAAAAAUUUUUCUUUUCUCAAUGUUAGCGAUAAUUUAAGAAUACGUAUGGUAUAUUACUCUGCUCUUUCAAGAAUACUUUUUGCAGCAGAAGAUAAUAUAGAAAGAGAUUUUGAGGAAUUUGUUAAACCAUGGGACGAUACAUUAAAAGAACUUCGUAGUUUAAAUUCACUUUCAACUUUGGCUUGGAUUUUUCGUGAUUUACGUGGAUUCCUUUCGGCCAUUCAAAACAGAAAAAACUUUUUGGUUUUUUUUGAAUGGUUUUAUCCUGAUCAUAUGCAAGUUCUUUAUAAUGCUUUAGAAGCAUGUUCUAAUGAUACUCUUUCUGUAACUUUUCUCAAAUUUUUUCUCGAAUUUGUAAAUAAUCGUUCUACAAGAUUAAAUUUCGACAUUUCAUCUCCAAAUGGGAUACUGAUAUUUCGUGAAACAAGCAAAGUAAUAUCAUUGUAUGGACGACAUGUUAAUAAUCAUACUUUCAUCACCCAAGAUAAAUAUACAGAAUUAUAUAAAAGUAUAUCGGUUUGUUUUAACAUCUUGACAAAAUCUUUUGCUGGACGUUAUGUUAAUUUUGGUGUUUUUGAAUUAUAUGGCGAUAAAGCUCUCGAGAUUGCUUUAAAUACAUCAUUUGAUAUGAUCCUUAGGGUUUCAAUUGAUGAUUUACUUCAAUCAUCUAGGUCAAAACCUAAACCACAUUGGCUUCUUACUUAUCUAAGUCGUUUUCCAGAUAUAUUACGCUAUUUAUUUGUAGUGAACUUUAAUGUAGUGUUAUUUGAAGAACGACAAAAUCAAUGGUCUCUGUCACGUCCUUUAUUAUGUCUAAUAUUACUUAACAAAGAUGUAAGGUAUCUAAAUGAGUAUACACAAACUCUUCUCCAAUAUCAAUUGCCGGAAAGAAGAUCUGUUCUUCACAAAGCUCUUUCAACUCUUAUGGAUGAUGUUGAAUCUAAUUUAGCUUCUAAAAAUCGAGAUAGAUUUACUCAAAAUCUCACUACUUUUAAACGAGAAUUAACAAAUGAAAACGCUAUAUUGGUUCAACCACCAUUAGAUCCAAGUUUAUCCAUGUAG